CGAGAGCAUUUGAUGAUGCAGCAAUGGGUCAGACGCACAGGAAGCAGCAUUACGUGUGUCUCUUUCUCUGUCUAGUUGCUUGUCAAGCGCACGGAUACUCUCUGAAGGAAGAUGGCCGUCGGGAUGGAAGGAUUGUUAGCACAGCUGAGGGUCACUGGUUGACACGAAGAAGGCGCCUACUGGAGGAGACAUCGUCACCUCCUGGUGGAGAUCAGACAGACGUGCCUGUCAACUGUACGGAAGAUGGAUACAUGCUGGAUGACGACUCUCGCGCUUGUGUUCGCUGCACUCCACCAGCAAUCCACGAAUUUCCAUCGGAUUUCUUCACUCAAGAACAAAGACAAUAUGGCGCUGUCUUGCUUCAUUUAAUUGCAACGUUCUAUCUCUUUGCUGCCAUUGCUCUCGUUGUGAAUGACUACUUUAUUGCAUCACUGCAACGACUGUCUGCUAGACUAGACUUGACCCAAGACGUGGCAGGAGCGACCUUUAUGGCAAUGGGUAGCUCAGCACCAGAACUGUUUGCCGGUUUUAUAGGGACGUUCAUCACAGAGGGAGACGUGGGUGUUGGUGCAAUAGUUGGCUCUGCAGUGUUCAACAUUCUUAUCCUGGUUUUCUUCUGUUCUCUGUUUGCAACAGGAGAAGUGAAAAUAAACUCAUGGCCUGUGAUUCGUGAUAACACCUUCUACUUUUUUACUAUUGCCUUGCUGCUGGUUGUGUUAAUGGAUCAGACUAUUACGUGGUACAAAUCUCUCUCUCUUGUUCUCUUGUAUGGUGUAUAUCUUAUUGCCAUGAAGUUUAACAAGCCUCUUCAAGAACGUUACGAGAGACUUCUUCGAUGGUGUAAAUCAUGUCGAACAAAGAAAGAGUCGUAUGAAGAUUGCGACGAAGAGAAACCAAUACUUUCUUCCAUGACUCCUAAGAGUGAAGGCGAUGCAACCGGCAAGAACAGUUCAAUAGAAAAAGUUGACAGAGUUGACUUACAAUCUUCUAAUAAUUACAACAACAAUGUUACUACUGGAGACAAAGACAGUGGAGACGCAAUCUCAGGUAUGUUGCCUCAUGAGUUUGCUACUUCCACAAAGGUGUGGUCUCACUGGAGAGACAAGAGAAUAGGAAGCUUUCAAGAUGCUGGAUGGCGUCUGAUGUUGACUUCGAAAUUUGCUCCACGAGUCAGAUUCAAAGCUGCCUGUAGGGUCUUGCUUGAUCAGAUGGAACAAGGAAAACGCCACGAAAUUCUGGAUGCACGUGCCGCCACUGGCAUAUCAAAUGUCGACAAACAGCCAACCGCAAACAAUACUAUUGAUCAAUAUGACGAUCCUGGUUUACCAAAUCCGUGGUUGACACCAGGUAUGAUGAAGUACUUGUUGCAUGAAUGCCAUGAUUUUUGUAAACAGACAUCGUUUGUAAUGAUUGAAGACAUGACUGACAACUCGUUCAAGAACUGUUGGCUUGUAUUCAAGUGGCUCGUCAUGCUGCCGGUCACUUUUCUCUAUUUCCUGACUAUUCCAAAUUGCAAGAAAGAGAGGUGGAAGCGUUGGUAUGUGGUCACAUUUAUCAGUUCAAUCACAUGGAUUGGAAGCUUGUCUUGGAUUCUCGUGUGGAUGAUAACGAUUAUUGGCUACACGUUUGGUAUCCCGGAUUCAGUGAUGGGAAUCACGUUUCUGGCUGCAGGAACAAGCAUUCCGGACAUUGUAGCAAGCAUUGCAGUCACAAGACAGGGUAUGGGUGAUAUGGCAGUGUCGAAUGGUCUUGGCAGCAAUACGUUUGACGUUCUUCUAUGUCUUGGAAUUCCUUGGCUGAUGAAAACGGGAAUUGUAGAGCCGGGAGGAGAGGUUGUGGUACACAGCGGUGGUCUCAAGUACACGGUGAUCAUGCUGUUUGCUACCGUCUUCAUUGUGAUCUUCAGUUUUCAUCUCAACGGCUGGAAGCUGAGCCGACGUCUCGGAUACUAUUUCGUCUGCGUAUGCGCGGGUUUCGUCACUCUCUCGGUGCUGCUCGAAUUCAACGUCUUCACGUUUGUCAAUCCGCCGCCUUGUAGCUAGUCGUCACGACUGUGUGUAGAACGCAUGCGCAGGAGAGCGAGCUAGCAUUCGACUGCCUCCGCCUUUAUUGCAACAGGAUUUAAGUACGUAUGUAUAAUUGCUCUUAUUGUAAAGCAAGUAAGAAUUUAUUUUCUAUUAUAACAAA